UUCAUGCAAAUACAGAUGCAGGAGGAAGAACAAAAAAGAAAAGAAACCGCCAACCCACUCUUAAGGCUCAUUUCAUUGGCAAACGAGUCAAGUUGGAGGAGCAAGGGGAUCAGUCCGGUGCUCCCGCGGGAAUCAUGGCGUUUAGAAUGUAUGAAGGAAAAGAUCAUGUGAAAGCCUAUCUUCACUACAGAGUGACUCCCCAAGAAAUGAUCAACAGGAUUAUGGACUUUAUGAAACCAAAGGCGCAACAGAAAUUCAACCUUGCAGUGGAUGUUGGGUGCGGUAACGGUAAGGGGACCAUACUCUUGGCCCCCUUCUUCGACCAGGUUCUUGGGACAGACGUUAGUCAUGCCCAGCUGGAGUUGGCUCGGGCUAACAGUCUUUGCUCAAAUGUGAAUUACAGUCAGUGUCCUGCAGAAGAACUCCCGUUUGAGUCGAGCACAGUUGACCUUGUGACGGCCAUGACAGCGGCCCACUGGUUCGAUCGCUCACGCUUCCUGACGGAGGCCGACCGCAUACUGAAGUCCAAUGGUUGCCUGGCCCUGUUCAGCUACACUAUGGACAUGGAGCUGGAGUAUGGCAGUGCCACAAGUGCACUGAACAACAUCUGUGAUGAGUUUUAUACAGCUCUGCUACCACUCAGAAACCCUUAUCUGGGCACCUCCUCUUUGAAGAUCUACUUAGACAUGUUUGAAUCCUGCACCUAUCCGGACAAAGAGUGGAAUGGCUGUCUGAGAGUUAACAGGACGGUGACGGUAGACGGUUUCAUUGGCAUGGUAGAGACUUUCUCCAGCUAUCAGAAGCUGAUGCGCCAAGACGGCGCUGAGGCCAAACGCCUUUCUGACGACAUCAGGAGCAAGCUGCUGGCCGCCAUGCAGGUCUCCUCGCCAGACACGGAGCUCACCAUGGUGGUCAAGUAUUUCUACAUGUUGGCACGCAAACCUUGAUGCUUCCGACUGGCGCAAAGACAGCCAACGAAGGGUCUCUGUGGUGGACACAUAAGAUUAGCAAGGAAAUCCUGACCUCGACAGUAAAUAAAAUCUGAAGGUUGAGAAGAAAGUGUGUAAACUGUUGUUU